GAUUGGCCUACGGCUCGCAGCCUCCAGACUAGACUCUCGGUUGGCAAUGGCGGCCUUUUGCGACCAAGUGGAUUGAAGGAAAUCGUAAAAGCUGGCAAAGGCAGCACAAGCCAGCAGGUGCGUGAACAAGCACAAAAGGAAAUGCAAGCUUUCUGGGAGAGAAACAUCAAAGAAAAACGGCCAUGGUCACCUCAUCUGACCGUUUAUUCUCCACCAUUAGUGAUGCGGUUCUCGUUUCUUCACCGAGCAACGGGGAUUGCAAUGGCAAUAGGUAAGCGAUCCAAAAUUUGUCCGUAA